AGCAUUCGCGGCAAAUGGUCAAUAAUUUGUUGUGGAGCUCGCGCGUACCAUCGUUAACAACCGUUACGCACCACAACACAAUGUCACAGCGUUUGUAGUGCAAAGUGUUGAAAAUGAUUUGCUAAAAAAAAUCAACAGUUAUUUUAUGUUUAUACAAGUAGUUAAGGAAAGUACAUAUAUAAAAAAAUAAUAAUUCAAAAAUAAAAUUGCGUAAAUACGCAGUAUGUUUAAUAUGAACGCUCAAAAUUGGCUGGGCAUGGCAUUGGAACAGCCGCUCGGCGAGCAAAACAUCACCUCCGCCUUAACCAAUGCAAAUGUAACGCAAUAUAAUGGCAAUGUCGGUGUGGGUGGUCUAACGGCAACACCAUCGCCAGCCGCAGCGCCACCCCCAAACGCGCCCGUACAUCACACUUUUCUACAGAAACGUUCCGUUUACAAUUCGAAUCCAUCGCUCGAACGCCCAAUGCCCACCAACGACAUACAUGUGGAGUACGAAGUCGCCGUGCCGCUCUUGUCCACAUUCCGUCAUACACCCUAUCAUUCAUUAUGGGAUCUACACGAUAGUACCUCCACAACACCGCCGACGGGACUCUCACAUGUGGCACGCAUGAUGGACUCAUUAAUACUAGAUCAAUAUCCACCAUUCGCCUUCACAAAGAUCACAACCACACAUAGACCAUCACGUGCUGGGAACAACAAGAAAACCGAAACCACACGCACAACCACUUUGACUGGCCUUUCGCCCGGCAGCGCGGCUACUUUUGGCGGUGGCAACGGCAUUGCGGCAGCAGGCCUUCGGAAAACGCGCAUACCAACACAAGAAGUCCCCCCACAACCACGCCCCAACACAAAUUUGCCACCCACAGCUGGCACCACAAAUCCACUUUAUCAGAAUGCUAACGGCGGUACCAACAAUACCGCUGGUGUUGGUAAUAAUACACACAUACAAUUCCCAAAUCAUAAUGACAACCGUUGGAUCUCAUCGUUGCGUCGUUCACGUGAUCCCGAACUACAGCCGACACUGCCUUCGAUCAAUUUGAGCCAUCACGGUAGCGCACAUAAUGUGGGCGGUAGUCUGAGCACCAGCACUGAUAAAGGGCGCAGUUCGCGCAGCAUCAAGGCCUCGACUAUAGCGGCUACGCGCAAAAGUCGCAGUGUGGAACGUAUUCGUGCACGCAAACUUACCACACAAAUUAAACUCAAGGAUAAACCGAAGAAGAACUCCAUCGAUGAGAAUUCCAAUUCGGAUGAUCAGGAAAUCACAUCGCUAGAGGAGAAUUCUACGUCACAGAAUACGCCGAAGAGUUCGCCGAAAACAAAAACGAAAAUAUUCUCGCCCAUCGGCUAUGAGCCACAUUUGGUAGACACACUAGAAAAGGAUAUACUGCAGCGUAAUCCAGGUGUCAAAUGGUGUGAUGUAGCUGGCUUGAAUGAUGCCAAGGCCAUAUUGCAAGAAGCAGUUGUAUUGCCGAUAAUUAUGCCCGAUUUCUUCAAAGGCAUACGGCGACCUUGGCGUGGCGUAUUGAUGGUGGGCGCACCGGGUACGGGUAAGACUAUGUUAGCCAAGGCUGUGGCCACGGAAUGUGGCACGACUUUCUUUAAUGUCUCCUCGGCGACACUAACCUCAAAAUAUCGUGGUGAAAGCGAAAAACUGGUGCGUUUAUUAUUCGAGAUGGCACGCUUCUAUGCGCCGAGCACAAUUUUCUUUGACGAAAUCGAUGCGUUGUGUACAUCGCGUGGCAGCGAUUCGGAGCACGAGGCAAGCCGGCGCUUUAAAGCAGAGCUAUUGAUACAGAUGGAUGGUUUGAAUGCAACGCUGCAGGACGAUAAAAUCAUCAUGGUUUUAGCGGCAACUAAUCAUCCAUGGGAUAUUGAUGAGGCUUUCAGACGACGUUUCGAGAAAAGGAUCUAUAUUGCACUUCCAAAUGAAGAGACACGUUCCGCUCUACUAAAACUCUGCCUCAAAGAUGUUCGUCUCUCACCCAAUUUGGAUACGAAUCUCAUUGGCGAUCAGCUGACAGGAUACUCCGGUUCGGAUAUUAGCAAUGUCUGUCGUGAUGCGGCUAUGAUGGCAAUGCGGCGUCUCAUCGCCGGACGCUCGCCAUCGGAAAUAAAGGAGAUACGCCGUGAAGACAUUGACCAACCCAUAACAAUACAGGAUUUUAAAGACGCUAUGGAACGUACGAAGCAAUCAGUUUCGUUGGACGAUGUGGCGCGUUUUGAAAAAUGGAUGGAAGUCUAUGGUUCAUGUUAAACUAAUAUAGGCGCGCAGUGAAAAGAAUGCUCUCAAAUUAUAAUAAUUGAUCACAUUGAAAUUUAAAAAUCAAUAAGCAAUAAAUUGUAGCGAUUUUUUUUUUAACUAAGCAAGAAAGUGGUUAAUAGAAAAACGUGCAAGGAGAAAAUAUAAAUUUGCAAGACGUAUGUAUGUAUAUACUACAUUAAGGUCUCCGUUAUUUCCCAAGUUGAUGUUUUUUUUUCAAACGCCGCUGAAGUGUCAGUUUUUGCCCUAAAUAAACUAUCUGUAUUCAUAUAGUAGUACACCAUGUCGUAUGAGCAACACAGAAUGUGUACAUCACUUGCAUGAAUGCUCAUGUCACUUGAUGUGUAGUAUAUUUUUAACUACAUAUGUAUAAAUUUUAAAGGGAUUUUUUUUAUAAAAAAAUUAUUGAAACUUUUUUUUGUAUAAUUAUAAUAUUGUAGAUUUAUAUACAAUAUCGAAAAGCUCGAUGUUAUAUACAUACAUGGAAAAGAAAAAUAAUUUAAGACCGGUUUAGAUUAGAAAUAAGAUCUCGUUUACGUUGAAUCCUUAUUUUUAGGGCAGUAACUGAAACUUCAAUGGGCGUUUGAAAAAAAAAACAUCCAAUUCGGAAAAUAACGGAUAUCCUAAUACUACACAUUUGUAAUCAGUAUUUAGUGCAUGACUUGCGUAAAUUUAGAAAAACUUCCAUAGCUCAUAACUGUUGUGUGGACUUGUAAUACGGAUUAUGAUUUCCAAUACAAUGUUUGACCUUUAUCAUUAGUUAAAAACUUAACCUGGAUUCGCUCAAUAUUUCGAAAACCCACCACUCCUAACCCAAGGCAUUGCCCUAUCAUCUACUUUGAAAUUUCAACGAUUGAGCGUAGGUAAAAUUCACAAGUGAUUAUUAGAUAACCAUUUAUAAGCAAUUAGUCGAUAAACCAACAUUUUAUAUAAACAAAUUUAUAAAUUUAAUAUUAAAAUGGUAAAUGUAUGUAUAAUCGAAUCAAUAAAUUCACAAACAGCUAA